GCGCUCGUCUUUUUUGGGCACAUGGGAGGAGCAAAGGAGGAGUCGAGGGAGUGGUGACGCUUGACGUCGCGGGCGGGAAUCCUGAAGCUCUUUUGGGUUCCUCGUUUUCAACAGCGCGGGAGUUUCUGCCAUCACAGAAAGAGGAUUCUACAUAGAGCAAUGCCCUGUGAAAGAAAGCCAAUGCGCUACGGCCACUCGGAGGGACACACUGAUGUUUGCUUCGAUGACACUGGAAAGUAUAUAGUCACUUGUGGAAGUGAUGGGGAUGUGAGAAUAUGGGAGAGUCUGGAUGACGACGAUCCCAAGUCCAUCAACGUGGGGGAGAAGGCCUAUUCUUUAGCCUUGAAGAAUGGGAAGCUGGUCACAGCAGCCUCCAACAACACAGUACAAAUCCACACGUUCCCUGAGGGUGACCCAGAUGGCAUCCUCACCCGCUUUACCACCAACGCCACCCACAUCACCUACAACAGCAGCGGCUCCAGAGUCGCUGCCGGAUCCAGUGACUUCAUGGUGAAGGUAGUGGAGAUGUACGACAGCAGUCAGCAGAAGACCCUGCGGGGACACACUGCACCCAUCCUCAGUGUCACCUUUGACCCCAAAGAUGAGUUCCUGGCCUCUGCUAGUUGUGAUGGAUCUGUAGCUGUGUGGAAGAUUGAGGAACAGACUCAGGUGACCAGCUGGCCGCUGCUGCAGAAGUCCAAUGAUGUCAUCAAUGCCAAGUCCCUGUGCCGACUGGCCUGGCAGCCCAAGGCCGCUAAGCUCCUGGCCGUUCCCGUGGAGACAACGGUGCAGCUGUACCAGAGAGACUCCUGGGCCCAGGUGGGCACACUCUCCGAUGACCUUGGCACACAGGCAAUAAAUGUUGUGGCAUGGUCGCCCUGUGGGAAGUUCUUGGCUGCAGGGAGCAUCGGAGGUUUGCUGACGGUCUGGGACGUGGAGAGCAAGCUGUGUGUGGAAAGGCAGACGCAUGAGAAGGGCUACACCGUGUGUGGACUUGCUUGGCAUCCCUCCGGCGGUCAAAUAGCCUACACCGACACAGAGGGCUGUCUUGGCGUGCUGGAUGGGCUCUCCUCUUCAUCCUCUUCUUCCUCCACUACGACUUCCUCCACUAUGACCAAGCAGGCUCCAGCCAGCUACGAUGACCUUUUCGACGACGAUGACGACAGACCCUUGGACGAGGGUAUCAGCGAGGGCGCACGUUCACCCGCCAAGAACCCCGGGGACGAGGACGAUGACGACGACCUCAUACCUGCGACGGGGCGAGCACGGAACAGGAGUGCCUUCCUCGACGACGAGAACUCACUAGACACAGGCUCGCUCAAACAGGGGCUGGAUAAGUUUGUUGAUGACGUGGGCAGCGCCAUAGUGCUCCCCGCUGCCGUGGCUGCUCCCCUCCGGCCCGUCUAUGACGGGCCAAUGCCCACCCCACCACAGAAGGCUUUCCAGCCAGGCUCCACCCCGGCACACCUCAUGCACCGCUUCAUGAUGUGGAACUCGGUGGGAAUUGUGCGCGGCUACAAUGACGACCAGGACAACGCCAUUGAUGUGGAGUUCCACGACACAGCCGUGCACCAUGCAAUGCACCUCACCAACUCCCUGGGCCACACCGUGGCAGACCUCUCCCAGGAGGCCGUGCUGCUUGCCUGCCCCGGCACCGACGAGCUCGCCAGUAAGCUCCAGUGCCUUCACUUCUCAUCGUGGGACACCAACAAGGAGUGGAUGGUGGAUCUGCCCAAGGGGGAGGAUGUGCAGGCCCUAUGCCUGGGCCAGGGCUGGGCGGCGGCUGCCACCAGUGCCCUCAUGCUGCGCCUCUUCUCCAUCGGAGGGAUGCAGAGGGAGCUGUUCAGCCUGCCCGGACCCGUGGUCUGCAUUGCUGGGCAUGGGGAGCAACUGCUCGUCGUCUACCACCGAGGCACAGGGUUUGACGGAGAACAGGCCCUAGGGGUCCAGCUGCUGCAGUUUGGACAGAAGAGGCGGCAGGUCAUCCACGGGGAGCCCCUCCCCCUCUCCCGCAAAUCUCACCUUUCAUGGUUAGGCUUCACAGCCGAGGGAACCCCAUGCUUCAUUGACUCUGAGGGUGUGGUGCGCCUGCUAAACCGCUCCUUGGGAAACAUGUGGACACCUGUGUGUAACACCAGGGAUAACUGCAAGGGCAAGUCAGACCACUACUGGGUGGUGGGAGUGCAUGAGAACCCCCAGCAGCUCAGGUGUAUCCCAUGUAAAGGGUCCCGGUACCCCCCCACGUUGCCCAGGCCUGCUGUGGCCGUCCUUCCCUUCAAGCUGCCCCUCUGUCAGACCACCACAGAGAAGGGCCAGAUGGAGGAGCAGUACUGGCGCUCGGUGCUCCUCCACAACCACUACGGCUUCCUGUCGUCCAGUGGCUAUGAGAUUGACGAGGAAGGCCAGAGCCAAGCCCAGAAAGAACAGCAGGAGCUGCUCAUGAAGAUGUUUGCCCUGUCGUGUAAGCUGGAGAGGGAGUUCCGCUCCGUGGAGCUGGCCGAGCUGAUGACCCAGAACGUAGUGACCCUGGCCAUCCGCUACGCCUCGCGGUCCGGCCGCAUGGCCCUGGCCCAGCGCCUCAGCGAUCUGGCCCUGGAGAAGGCCAAUCAGCUGCAGGGGGAGGAGCCCCAGGAGGAAGAGGAGGAGCCACUCCAGUACACCAGACGGAACACUGGGUACAGCCAGAGCAGCAGUGAGAUGGGUGCAGAUCGCCAACACAGCAGCCACAGACAAGCACAGGAGGAAGAGGUGGAUGAAGAGCAGGGUCAGGAAGAACAUAUGGACGAAGGGGAUGUAGCAGAGAGCAAAAGACAAGGUCUAAAUCCCUUCGCUAAAGGGACUGCUGCAUCACCUGAGAAACCUUCUCCCAAACCUGUAAGCAAAGAAGGACGUGUGAACCCUUUCAAGGUGAGCAGCGGGUUAGGGAGGUCGGGUUCGGCGGGGGGUCAGAACAGGGUGACAAACGUCCUGGACAGCAUGAUGUCGUCCAGCAAGAAGCCAACUGCUCUGCUGAGCAGCUCCGGCUCCACGGGGAAACUGAACAAAACACCUUUCCUUAAGCCUCUGGCUCCCAGACCCAAGACCAAGACCCAGUCUACACUGCUGCACAUGAACGCUCCCAAAGCAGCCAAUAAGAAAGCAGCGGAGGAGCGGGAGCCGGCAGUGUGUAGGCUGAAACAGACCGAGGCACCGCCUCCAGCCUCACCAGCAGAAGAUGUUGAGAAUAAGAAGCACAAGUCGGGCUUCCAGCUGUGGCUGGAGGAUAAUAGGAGGAUCAUCCUGGCUGACAACCCCGAUCUGGAGGAGACGGAUGUCAUCAAGGAGGCCAUUGGCCGCUUCAGGACCCUGUCUGCAGACGACCGGCUGACCUGGACAGAGCGGGCAAAAGGACAGUCUGGAGACGUGGCGGAUAUGAAAAAACGAAAGCGAGGAGAAGAGAGCAGGGGAGACAAGAACGGACAGAGUGAGGCAGACGAGACUAGACAGAGUGAGGCAGACGAGACCAGUGCCAAAAAGAAAAAGCCCUUAGACACCUCAACCAAGCUCUCAGCAUUUGCCUUCAACAAAAAUUAAACAUAAGAUCACAUCAUGGACUGAUUUUUUUUAUAUAUUUGUUUAUAUAUAUAUAUACAUUUUGCUCCAUAUGUCUGUUUACUUAGGGUUAUAGGUCACAAGUAAAUAUUAUAUAAUGCUCAUUUGUGGAUUGGUGCUGAUUGUGAGACCUUUUUUGUAUAACAUUUCAUCAGAAUAUGUAGUCUGUCUCAUAGGUUUCCAGUUUCAUUAGCACUGUUUGGUAUGCUCGUGAUGCAGACCUUUCGAUGAAUAAUUUCUUCUCCGAUAUGUAACUAGGAGUUAGAGGAAUUUCAUAGAUGGCAUCAAAGCGAAAUAUCCUGAGCACUUGAAAUAGCUGUGACAAAUAUAGAACAUGAAGAGAGCAACUGAUAAGGGCACACGUAAAUGGUUAUUCUGUUCAGCAUCUCAAUUUAGAUUUUUCCUGUUCACCAAUUUCCUCUUAGUUGUUUUUAAAACAAUAUAGUAUAUUGACUUGUUUUUUGUAUUGUACUGUAUUGAAUAAAAAUAAAUGUUUUCAUCCAGUCUUAAUUUUUUUAAAUAACUUUUUAUAGAAGAACAUACAAAUUAGCACAAUUUGGUCUGCUACUCUUAUCUGUUUUAUUAAGGAAACUGACACCUGUUUAAAAAUAGCUUAACACAUUUUUUUUUUUACAUGUUGAGACUGAAUAGACCUAUAACAAUCACUAGUUUUGAUUGUGAAUAUAACAGUAACAAUUUACUUGAAGGGGGUAGACAUAAGGCAUUUGUAAAACAAGUCAAAACAGACCUUGGAGUGUUGCAGUGUCAUUAAUAACCUUCAUAACACAUUCAACAUCACUGAUAAUGAGUUGAAGUUAUUUAUCCAUUGUAGGCUACAACAGAUGUGUUACCCUGUCUUUUGUUAGAGUGCAAUAGCUGAAUUGUGGUAGCCUGUGAUUCACUGGGAUUUCCUAACUUUUAAUUUUUUUAUGAAAAACUAUUGAGGAAAAACACUGAAAUUUAGAAGUGGUGUAAAG